GCCAGAGAGCCAAAAGCAGGAGAGGUAACUUCCAUAGAAAACAGGGAAGUCUGACAAAACACCUCGGACCCGUAUUGAACAGUGUUGUAUUGAGCUUCCCUGACCAGUACGUCCCCCGAGAUGGCAGAGGAGAGCAGCAGCUCCAAGGACUGCGUGUCCUUCAGCGUGCUCAACUGGGAGCAGGUGAGCCGGCUGCAUGAGGUCCUGACCGAGGUCGUCCCCAUCCAUGGCCGAGGCAACUUUCCAACCCUGGAGAUAACCCUGAAGGACAUCGUGCAGACCGUCCGCGGCCAGCUGGAGGAGGCGGGCAUCAAAGUGCAGGACGUACGGCUGAAUGGCUCCGCUGCUGGCCACGUGUUGGUCAAAGACAACGGCCUGGGCUGCAAAGAUCUGGACCUGAUCUUUCACGUGGCGCUUCCGACCGAGGUGGAGUUUCAGCUGGUCAGGGACGUGGUUCUGUGCUCCCUCCUCAACUUCCUGCCGGAGGGCGUGAACAAGCUCAAGAUCAGCCCGGUCACGCUGAAGGAGGCCUACGUGCAGAAGCUGGUCAAGGUGUGCACGGACACCGACCGCUGGAGCCUCAUCUCGCUCUCCAACAAGAACGGGCGGAACGUGGAGCUCAAGUUUGUCGACUCCAUCCGGCGGCAGUUUGAGUUCAGCGUGGACUCGUUCCAAAUCAUCCUGGACUCUCUGCUGUUCUUCUACGACUGCUCCAGCAACCCCAUCUCUGAGCACUUCCACCCCACGGUGAUCGGGGAGAGCGUGUACGGGGACUUCGAGGAAGCCUUCGACCACCUGCAGAACAGACUGAUCGCCACCAAGAACCCCGAGGAGAUCCGAGGCGGGGGGCUGCUCAAAUACAGCAACCUUCUUGUGCGGGACUUCCGGCCCACCGACCAGGAGGAAAUCAAAACCCUGGAGCGCUACAUGUGCUCCAGGUUCUUCAUCGACUUCCCGGACAUCCUGGAGCAGCAGCGGAAGCUGGAGACCUACCUGCAGAACCACUUCGGCGAGGAAGAGAGAAGCAAGUACGACUACCUCAUGAUCCUCCGCAGGGUGGUGAACGAGAGCACCGUGUGCCUCAUGGGGCACGAGCGCAGACAGACCCUGAACCUCAUCUCCCUCCUGGCCUUGCGCGUGCUGGCGGAGCAGAACAUCAUCCCCAACGCCACCAACGUCACCUGCUACUACCAGCCAGCUCCGUACGUCAGCGACGGCAACUUCAACAACUACUACGUGGCGCAUCCUCCAGUGACCUACAGCCAGCCUUACCCGACCUGGCUGCCCUGUAACUAACCUUGAGACCGAGGGCUUCUGCCGGGGGAACCCAACAGGGCAGGGGCUCUCAGGUAGGGGAGCCUCCUCCUAGACGUAGGUGUUUGGCUUUUAAAGGGGAACUCAGCUCGGAUUCUGCUUUCUUUUUUCUUCGUGUACCCAGUUAGAAUGGGUCUGCAGUCUGUUAUGAGCCAAACCCAGAAGGACCCGUAUUCCAGUGCCCCUUGGAAAACCUGCUAUAGGAAGCGUGACCUAGCCACAUCUUUCCAAGAGAUGCACUCACACGUCACGUCCCAAUCCUGAGCAAGGGGGGAUUUGAGCUCUCUCUGUGCAAUCAUUGGAGACCGGGAGAGCUCGGGCAGCCUACGCGAAGUGUGAAGCGGCUUCUCCCUGGAGCCUAGGCCACGUGGGGUCACUCUCCUGGGGUCCUGGGUACUUAACCGACAAGUUGUGCUCACGGUCUCUCCUCUUGGAACCCAUUUAGCCAGACAGGAAAUGGUAAACACGAGGGUGCUCUUGGGACUUUAAGUUUUGUUUCAGGGACUUAAAGUGCUUCUGUUUAGUCCCCAUCAGCAGAGCUGAGAAUUUCGUUCAUCAAUAAACCAAAGCCAAUAGCUGGAGAAUUGAGAUCUGGUUGGAAGUGGUUUAUGGUUGAGAUGCUGUGCUAUCUUAAGGAAUUGUGAGAUAUUGCUGAGGAAAAUAAAAAAAAAAAGGACCUUCUCUUGAAAUGUAACUUGAAAACAAAAUAAAAUAUGGAAUUUAAUGUUAAAGUAGAAUUGUGGUAGUGGGGGGGUGAUGAUUGUAAAUAGGAAACAUGAAUGUUCGUGGGUUUUGUUUUCUUUCUUUAAGGAAUUCUUUCGGAAUGACACUCUUUCCCUUCAUCGGCUCCGUUGUGGCUGACUUCUGUUUUGCUCUGCCUACGACUGAGGGUUGUGCUGUGUCUGGAGACGUUAUAGUAACUGACAUGAAGGGUCUUCCCAUGUUUUAAUUGGAAACCCAUCUAGGUCACAUUCCAAUUAUGACAAGCUGGUUUAAUUUUUUUUUCUGGAGUACUUUGCCUAUUUUUUGGUUUUUGUGUUUUCUCUCUCACACCCCCCCCCCCACCUUACCCCACCCCAAAAGUAGUGGUUUCCUUCUCUGGGUGUUUUUGACAGAAAAUAAAUUCAGGAAUUUCAGUAGACCUGAGUGACCUGUGGAAUGACUUUAGAAUCUAACCUGUCCCAUGCUGUGCGUGAAGGUAGGGAUUUAGCAUUAUGUCUUGGCCUCGGGGUCAUCAAAUCCCCCAAGGCUCCUUGAAAUCAUUCCAGUGUAUUUGGGGAAGAGUUGAGUGAAUGAAGAGUGAUCUUCCUUGUUGUGGGACGUUUGACCGUACUUGUUUAUAUUCUGCACUUUAGAAGGAAAACAGUGUUAACCUCUAGUCUAAAGCAAGCUUAGGAAAUGGGACAGUUCUAGGCUACUGUUGCAUUUGCCAGUAGAUUUAGAUAAGGGAUUCUGUGUUUGGAAACUUCCUGUGGGAUCUCUUAGAAAGCAUCAUGUUGGUGUGUCAAGGGCAAAGACAUUCAAGAAUGCCGGCGAGCUUGAGUUCUAAGGUGAUUUAAUUAAAUCCAUGCUCCUGGUUUUUAGUUUUUUCUGGGGCCAUAAAAGUCCAAAACUCCAAGUGAUUGCUUUCUCCUUGCUUAAAUCAAGGAAGGGAUCUUAAUGCAGAACUUCUUAGUAGAAAAUGAGUGGUUUACGUUUUUUCAAAAAUAUUUUUCUUCUGGAAUUUGAUGUCUUGGUCCUCUUAAACAAAAGACAUGACUGAACCCCAAGGCUUGAUUAGCUGGCAUCCAUGCCAAGCUACGUUAGGUGACUAGAGGCCACUUCUUACUGGAACCAGCUCCUGUUUCCCUGUGAGCCCUAGUUACAUUUGAACUCAUUGGCUUUGAGUAAAGGUCAGCUCAAUAUUUGAGGGGACCUGGUUGCUCCAGUUUUAAAAGGGGGGACAAUGAAGAGGGAUCCCAGCUAUGAAAACUGUCUGAUCACCCAUGACCUUAAAAAACUGCCAUUGCUGUCAAGUGGCAACAUAUUUGCACAAAAAUGACAGAUGUAUUUAACCAAAGCUUUGAAACAUGAUGAAGCCACCAACAUUCAGUACUUGCUAACAGAAAUCAGUAUUGCUUCUGCUUAGAAGGCUUUGUGGACCAGGGUAAGAGGGACUCUAUGAAGUCAUUAAAUUUCCAGUUUGUUCAUCGAGAUCUUUCUGCUUUUUUUUUUUUUUUUUCUGAUGUAGCAGUAGUCCUCCUUUGAGAAUGAAGGGAGGCACAAAUGUGAGAAUUUCCCAGCCCCCCAGUUCAUUUCCAACUCUUCAGGAUGGCUGCCUCGGUAGAAUCUCUUCUGACCUUUCUAAGUCAGCUCAGCUAUUUCUGUAGUUUGACAAUGGACAUGUUUUUCUAGAACCUUCAGGGUAAAAAGCUAUACUGACCAAAGCGGCAUUUUAACACACAAUCCCUGGACCACCUGCCCUAUGAGCCUGUUGCUAGCCUCAGAAUAGUCUAGUAACCUUGAAUUUCAGGUGUCUGGAAAUACUAGCUGAAACCUGCCUUUCAUACUGCACAGCCAAGCACCAGAUACCCUGAACUUGUACGGAGUCCAGUAGUUCCUUUUUUUUUUUUUUUUUUUUUUUUUGUGCAUUGAGUAACAUGAAACUUGGCAGUGGCAGAGGGCACUAAAGUUCAAGUGCAAGUUCUAAUCUAAAUUUAAGCAGUUUCUCAUUUGCUUCAGGACUCUGAGCUGUUUUCUGCAAGAAGGCAGCCUGUUCUCCCAGCCUGCUUUUUGCAGUCAGGUUGAGCAGCAGCAAGAUGGAAAUGGCACCUUUUGCUCUUUCCUUGGCAAGAGAGCACAUAGGAGGGGUCUUUAAGCUCACCCUGAAAUCUUUGGCAACAAGAUGCUAUUCACUCAACAAUUUCUAUGUGGAAACUAAACUCUGUAUCAGGAACGCCUUCCAGUGGAAGAUCCUGAUGCUUGCAUGUAGGGUGUGGCAUGGCCCACCCCGGGGGGAGCCUGGCAGAUGGGGUGAGUGAGUUAUAGAGAGGAGGCUAUGCCUGGUUCCUGAUAUGUGAGACAGAUGUGAUUUGACAUUCAAGUUUGGUUUUUUUCCCUGGGGAUUUGAGUCCCUGAGAGCUGUGUGUGAACCUGUGUUUUGUGGUGGUACAUUCAUCAAAAUCACUAAAGCCUGAAUCUGUUUGCCUUGCAGCCUCUAGCACUAAGCCCUUACCUUCAUGGUAGGUUAGGAUUUUAACCAGUACUGCUUUUGUUAACUUUGGGAAAUGGUGCCACUCAAAAGCAACUUCCGAUCUUUAGGAAUAACUCCUUUCUAGUGAACUUCCUGGUGCUGGUGCCUUGCUCUAGGAUGCUGCUACACUCUUAGCUCAAAUGUCCUCUUCCAGAGAGUGAAUUAAAGCUUAGCUUUCCAAUCGUGAAAAGAAACCCAGAUGCUCCCCAGGGCCAUUAUUCCUGGGUAUCUCCCUAGGGAGAACUCUUUGGCUGGAUCCUGUAAGCUGAAAAACUUCCAGUGUCCAAAGCGAGCUUUAUAUCCUGAAUUGGCAGAGGCCAGAAUUUCACAGCUGACUUUGGAACAUACUCGACUCCAAUCCAUUAGAUUCAGAGGACCAAUGGAGAGGUGUUGAGGAGAAGGUUGUCCAAAAAGGAACUGACACCUUUUCAGAGUUAUUUGGAGACCCCUGAGGUGAGAAUUAGCAAAGAAGAGGCUUUUUUGUGAGUUCAAGUGCCUAAAUCUUGUUUACCUAUCACUUUUUUAAAACAGUAGUUUAAGUGUAAGCACAAGAAAAUGCUUGGAGUUUUGGCUGGGCUAGUCGGAGUUGGUGCAGAUUCUCAUGUGUGUUUGCAUAGGAAGGUGAAAUGACCACCCACUAAAGAGGAAGUAGUUAACUUAUGAUGUGGAUCUGUGGUGUUUUCUUAAAACUCAAGCUGAUUUUUUUAUGGUAAAAAUUUAAUUUUCCUAAAGUAGCUAUUUCUAAAUUAGAUGAAAAGAUACCACUAGACUAAAUCAGAAGAUUUUUGUUCUAUAUUUGCGUAGCCUUUGAGAUAUUAAUUUCUUAGCAUUGCCUAGGAUGUGUGGGGUGUCCUCUUUGGUAAUGGUCACUAACCUUCUGACUUGAUGCAGAUGAAAUCACUUGUCAAUGCAAUGUGUUAGAACUUGAUGAAAUAAAGCUUUGAGUUUGAGAAAUAAAGGUAUAUUUAAAAAUAA